AUGAAUGAAAUAACAUCUUGUUCAGAACCUUUAGUCUAUUUCAAUCAAUCAGGUAUAAUUAAAUCCCAUGCUCAAUAUGGAAUGAUGAAUUAUACAUCAAAUUUAUAUUGUGAAUAUAUAAUAAAAGCACCAAUGAAUUAUAAAAUUAUCAUUCAAAUAGAAGAACUUGAUUUAGAAGAAACGAAUAGUUGUAUAUUUGACUACUUAUUAAUUACAGAUGAGUAUUAUACAAAUGUAUAUACUUAUUGUGGUCAUCAAGUGAAAGCAUCUCAUUCAAUUGAAAUGAAUAGUUCACAAGUCUAUAUAAUAUUUGGUACAGAUGAUGCUAAUCAUGGACACGGUUUCUUACUCAAAUAUGAAACAGUCGAAAAUGAAGCAUUGAAAUCGAACAACUUUUAUUUAUGUGGAUUAACAUUCCAAUUAAAUGAGGAUGUUGAAUAUAAUGAUAAUAAAAUGGAGAGUAGAAUUAUUGGUGGAGAACUAUCUAGACCAGGUCAAUGGCCAUGGAUGGUAUCACUAAGAGAAAAUAAUCAAUUUCGAUGUGGUGCCAGUUUAAUUAGUAGUCAAUGGUUAUUAACAGCAGCUCAUUGUUUUCCAAAAAAUGUAAAUCUAAACAAUUGGAUAGUACAUAUUGGUGAUUUUUAUUUAGAUUGGAUUGAUAGUGAAGAGAUACUAAUGAAUAUAAGUAGUAUAUUCAUUCAUCCAAAUUAUCAUCUACGUAAAUUAUACGAUUAUGAUUAUGCAUUAAUAAAAACUGCUUCAUCAAUUCAAUAUACUUCAAAACGAUUACCAAUAUGUAUAUUGAAUUCAACAUUGAUGAAUAUGAAUGAACUGGAUCGUUGUUAUGUUGCAGGAUGGGGAAGUUCAGAAGAUUCACCAAUAUCAAAUGAAUUGCGUCAUCUUUAUAUUCCAUUGCUUAAUUUAACUGUUUGUAAUCAAACGGAAGCAUAUCAAGGAAAAUUAACUGAAACAAUGAUUUGUGCUGGAUAUAUUAAAGGUGGUAAAGACUCAUGUCAAGGUGAUAGUGGUAGUCCAUUAAUGUGUCAAUUACAUAAUACUACUGAUCAUGUAUGGUAUCAAAUAGGAAUUGUAUCAUUUGGGAAAUCAUGUGCUGCGGCAGGAACUCCAGGAAUUUAUAGCAAUCUUACACUUGUCAAUAAUUGGAUCUCUUCAAUUAUCCAAUCAUAUGAAUAA